AUGAAUAUCGACAGGAGCAAAGCUACGUUGUUCGCCACAGCGGCAGCAGUGCGGCUUCUCCUUUUCGUAGGCUUCCCAGGCCUGCCCGAUCUGUUAACUGGGCGCGUUGAGAUAUCCACUCCAGUAACCAGCUUCAAGAGAUUACAAGAAGGCCUGUUCCUCUAUAACCACAAUGUCUCCCCUUACGAUGGCGGGGUCUACCACCAAGCACCGCUGCUUCUCCCCCUAUUCUCUCUCCUCCCGAGCUCCAUGUCGUAUCCCAUCUUCACCUACCUCUUGUACAUACUGGUCGACCUCUCCAGCGCCAAUGCGCUUAUGAAAAUUGCUGAGACCGGGGAGGCCGGGUCUUCGAAGUUGUACACAUCUCCCAGGAAGGACAAACGAUGGAGUAGCUAUGCAAUUGCGGCAGCAUUUCUCUUCAAUCCGUUCACAAUAGCGACAUGUAUAGGCCGACCUACAAGCGUACUCACCACUUGUGCGAUCCUCCAUGCAAUCUCGAAAGCCGUAGUUGGCGCCUCUUUCACAUCCAUGUUCGCCCUCUCCUUUGCAGCCUACCUCUCAUUGUACCCCGUCCUCCUCUUCCCACCCUUGGCAAUCCUUUGUUACGACCGCAAGAGAAACAAAAAGGCCGAGGAGUCUAUGCAUAGCUUCGUAAUUGGCAAUGCUCUAGCCGUUGGGGGCUCCCUUUUCGUCCUUCUCCAACUGUCCUUCCUAAUCACUGGAUCGUGGGAGUUUCUACACUCUACAUACGGAGUUCAACUACUCCUACCAGACUUGACACCAAAUGUUGGUCUCUGGUGGUACUUCUUCAUCGAAAUGUUCGACUCCUUCCGGAACUUCUUCCUCGGCGUCUUCUGGAUCCACCUCUCGUCCUAUGUAGCCGGUCUGACUAUCCGGCUGCGCCGACAGCCCUUAUUCGUAUUGACAAUCCUUAUGGGUAUCUUUGCGAUUUUCAAGCCGUACCCAUCGAUCUCCGAUACGUCACUGUUCCUGGCCCUGCUGCCGCUUUACAGACAUAUAUUCCCGCUAAUGAGAUAUACAUUCUUGGCGUCCUCAACCGUUCUGUACGCGACACUGCUUGGGCCGGCAUUCUACUACUUGUGGAUUUAUGCUGGUAGUGGGAACGCAAACUUUUUCUACGCAAUCACAUUGGUGUGGAGUUUAGGAUUGAGUAUUCUGGUCGCGGAUACUCUAUUCGCAGUCUUGCGCGAUGAAUGGGAAGUCGAGAGACCCGAGAUGCGUGGAAGGGAAAUAAGACAGAUAUGA